UCUCCGCCUCGUUGUUACAAACAUUUACAUUGAUACACCAACCAGUCAAGACCCCCCGCCAAAAGAAAAAGCGAUUAAACAAAGGAAAAGAACCCAAGAGAAGCUAACCAAAUCAAAACUGCAGCAAAACGACUGGUAGGCAGCAGCAAAACAAUUCUUUUUUUCGUAAAAGUCUUUCCCAAAAUUCGAAAACCCUAGACUCCUUUGUUUCAUUUAUUUUGGUACGGUAGACCAUCAUGUCGUCCGGUUCGAGUUCAUCUUCCUCUGUCUCUGAUGGUUUCGCUGACCCUAAUUCUGAUCCCAAACUCGUCGAUGAACAGUUCGAUUUGUUGACAUUGAAUGAACCGGCCCAAUUAGAACGUAAUCAUCGUGAAAACGGCAAUAAAAUCGCCGAUGGAUCGUUGAAUCCGGAGAGAAAUAGCAUCGUCGCUGAAGAUGACGGUCGAUUACGAGUGGAGGAUCAGGAGAUUUUUGGAGAAGAAGAGCUACCGAGUCCCAGCAGUAGUGGAUAUGCUGCUGGGAGAGGGAGUAGCAGCGCCACAAGCCCUUCGAGGAUGGGUGAAGUGAGUGAAAUCGAUGAUCAUGAGAUUCAGGAACUGAAGAACGAUGGUUCCCUUGGAGGAAACUCCGGUUCUCACGCCUCAUCCUGGGUUCCCGGUAAACGGCGCGUGGAUGAGGAUGAUGCUUCAAUUUCUUGGAGAAAGAGGAAGAAGCACUUCUUUAUUUUGAGUAAUUCAGGCAAACCAAUAUAUUCCAGAUAUGGAGAUGAGCACAAGCUAGCUGGUUUUUCAGCAACACUACAAGCCAUUAUUUCCUUCGUGGAGAAUGGGGGAGAUCGUGUCAAAUUAGUCAAGGCUGGGAAACACCAGGUGGUCUUUCUUGCGAAGGGACCGAUCUAUUUAGUUUGCAUCAGCUGCACAGAAGAGCCCUUUGAAUCAUUAAAAGGACAGUUGGAGCUUAUUUACGGUCAGCUGAUACUAAUUUUAACAAAGUCAAUAAAUAGGUGCUUUGAGAAGAACCCUAAGUUUGAUAUGACACCUUUGCUUGGAGGAACCGAUGUUGUCUUUUCUUCCCUCAUUCACUUGUUCAGUUGGAACCCAGCUACAUUUCUUCAUGCAUACACUUGUCUUCCACUUGCUUAUGCAACAAGGCAAGCUGCAGGUGCUAUAUUGCAAGAUGUUGCUGAUUCUGGGGUUCUAUUUGCAAUACUAAUGUGUAAACACAAGGUUAUCAGUCUUGUUGGUGCACAAAAGGCCUCCCUUCAUCCUGACGAUAUGUUGCUACUUUCAAACUUUGUGUUAUCAUCGGAGUCAUUUAGGACAUCAGAAUCGUUCUCGCCAAUUUGUUUACCAAGAUAUAAUCCUAUGGCAUUUUUGUAUGCUUAUGUGCAUUUUCUUGAUGUCAAUACAUACUUGAUUUUGCUUACUACCAGUUCAGAUGCCUUCUAUCACCUUAAAGAAUGCAGGAUCCGCAUAGAAAUGAUUCUUUUGAAGUCCAACGUUCUUAGUGAAGUUCAAAGGUCAAUGGUAGAUGGUGGAAUGCGUGUAGAGGAUUUGCCGGCAGAUCCAUUGCCUCGUUCCGGACCAUCUCCUCAUCUAGGAAAGCAUAGCCUUACAUCAGAUUCUCCUGAGAGGCCUAGGGAACCAUGUAUAGGCAUAGGUGGUCCAGCUGGACUUUGGCAUUUCAUUUAUCGUAGUAUAUACCUGGAUCAAUAUGUGUCCUCUGAGUUCUCACCACCAUUUAACAGUCUCCAGCAACAGAAAAGAUUAUAUAGAGCUUACCAAAGACUGUAUGCUUCCAUGCAUGAUAAAGGAAUUGGCCCACAUAAAACUCAGUUUAGAAGAGACGCAAACUAUGUUUUACUCUGCUGGGUCACACAGGAUUUUGAAUUCUAUGCAGCAUUUGAUCCACUUGCAGACAAGGCUCUAGCCAUAAAGACUUGUAACCGGGUUUGUGAAUGGGUAAAAGACGUGGAAAAUGAGAUUUUUUUGCAGGGAGCAAGCCCUUUCUCAUGGUGAUAAGUCAGCCAGUGUAAUACGAAAUGUAUUCUAGUUUUGGUGGUUUGCACAUUCAUAGCACCUUUCUGCCCUCCUAUGUUCAUGAUACCCAUUGUUAGCUAGCAAAUGUAUGAUUCACCUUUGAUGGUUCUUUUUUUUUUCUUUGUUCAUCAAUACCAGAAAAAACUCGUAAAGAGCUAGGAAGAUGCUAAAUUA